AAAUGACAUAUGCAUUGACACAUUGUACUCAGAUCAGAAAUAGCCGAUCAGUUGUGCUCUUCUUGUGUCAAUAUAUGUAUUAUUGUUUCUGAUUUCCUGCUACAUCUUCAUUCUUCGACACGCUUCUAUAUAUAAAAAGUAAAGCGAACACGAUAUAAUAAGCAAGUCAUCAUAUAAAUACGCAUCUAAAUUGAAAAUUGAAAAAUCGUUAUACUAAACAUAAACAGCAACAAAUAUCAUAUGGACUCUAAAUCAAUACAAAACCUUCUUUUUUUUAAAUAGAACACAUCUUCUGUCGUCACAAACUCUGAGACUUGUAUUUAUGCAGUACAUCUCAAUUCUCAUAUAGAUAGUCAUAUAUUUGAAUACAUACAUACACUACUACUGCGGGCUUGAGUACACGAGUCAUAAACCAAUUUAUCAAAGGCAAGAUCCAAACUUCAAAUUAGGAACAUGAUCCACUACUUCACCACAAGCGCUAGAGGUGUACACCAGUGGUUGCAAAUAACCAGUAAACUGGAUGAUGGGGUUAAUAUUUCCUCAAACAAUGGCUCAAAGAUAUGCGACGAACAUCCUGUUGAAGAUAUAAACAACAUAAACCGACAUUUUGGACAUAAAUCAGAAGCAACCACACAUACCCAUGCAUCUACACACUCUGCCGGUCACGCAACUACACAGAAAAGAACCUUCACAUCAACACAACCUCAUACACAUAGAACAGUGGCCGAUCUCUGCAUAUGCGGCGCAUACACGCGAUGCGUGGACAAUUACAAUCCCAAACAUCAUCUCGAUGUUGACAUACAUAGUACCGAUGGGGAGGCUGUUGCUCUUCACCAUAUGUGGGCUGAGGCUAGAAAUUCGAUAGCGAGGAAAUCCACAGAGAUGUUGAGUGUGUCGUUUUACAAACUGGCAGACGCGAUUAAGGCGGAUCAAGACAGGAAAAAAGGAAUUGGAAACGUCACGGGGGAAAACAGAGUUACCACAAUAAGAUCGGACACAGAGAUGUGCGCGUGUGGGGAAAUUAAAAGCCGGUGUGUAGGCAAUUGCCAAGUGGUUACUGAGCUUGAUAACGUACGAAAAUAUUCAAGUCCUGUUGAGCUAUCAGAACUGAAACAGUUCGAAGGUCUGAGGAGUUUGGACCAGGAGGAAUCGGAGAGUAUUGUAGAUAUGCUGAAACAUGCAGGUUUGAAUUGGAUGAGAAUCAAAAUGCUUGCUGCUCUGAGCGUUGAUCUCCAACUGGAGCCGAAGAAGGAGGGAGAUAAACUGUUCAUGACCGAAAAGCCUGUUUGCAGCGUCAUAUUUCACGACAUCAAAUGCUGAAGAAGAAGAAAACAAAAUGUUGUAUUUUGACAGAUACUCACAUCACUCGUCAAUAAGAGCGUCACUUUUGAGCUGGGAACGAAUGGGGAGUACGGCCCGUAUACCGAAUUCUAUAACGACGCCUUCUGUGUCGAUGUGGAGAGGCAGAGUAGAUACGACCGAGACACUGGCCAUCUGCUCUGCCGCGGGCGUUCGGUUGGACGUUCCGCAGGCUACAUAUGGACGGAGGAUAAGUGGCUAGACGAAGAUGGCACGGUGCAUUUUGUGACAGAAUUGCAACAUGGAGACAAGACGACCUCACAUCACAGGGUUUUCAAGGCAAUGACGACCAAUUCAUUGAGUGCGCCUACCGACACGACGGCCGACAAUGCAUCGUCGAUUCAAACACAGGACGAAAGCGGCGGACAAUAGCGCUUAGUACCUGGAUCGGUCUAUACCAUCAUUUUAACACACUCAUCAACGGAAUACAUUCAAUACCUCGGAAUCAGAAUACGGAUUCUGAAAAGGCAAUUAAGAUCAUAUCUACUUACAAACUACACAUCGAUGUCUAAAGGCAGACAAAAAAUAAUAAUCAACACGCCAAACCACAGCAAUCUGAAAUAUUCAGAAGGCGAAAAGUCAAUCACACGAAAAAGAUGUGAAUAGCAAAACUAGUUUACAGGGCAUAUUAACUAUAUCAAAGGCAAAUGGUGUGCAUCUCAGAUAAUAAAUUGCAAAUCGAACACUACC